GCUGUGUGUUCUUGUCCAAACAGGUCGCCUCACACUGGGAGCAGCCGACACUCCUGCAUGUGUGUGAGGAGUGUGUGAGGAGAGUGUGAGGACUGAGGAGUGUGUGAGGACUGAGGAGUGUGUGAGGAGGCUCUGAGGGUCCAGGUCUACUGACGCCCUCCUCCAGCCGGGCCCGGGGAGCCGACACGCUGGAUGGACGCAGCAUGGAGUCGGACGAGCCGUACAACUUCGUCUUCAAGGUGGUUCUGAUCGGAGAGUCCGGCGUGGGGAAGAGCAACCUGCUGUCCCGCUUCACCAAGAACGAGUUCAACCACGACAGCCGCACCACCAUCGGGGUGGAGUUCAGCACCCGGACGGUGCACCUCAACGGCUGUACCAUCAAGGCCCAGAUCUGGGACACGGCGGGGCUGGAGCGGUACCGGGCCAUCACCUCGGCGUACUACAGAGGAGCAGUCGGAGCUCUGCUGGUCUUCGACAUCACCAAGCACCUGACCUACGAGAGUCUGGAGCGCUGGCUCCGGGAGCUGUACGAACACGCCGAGCCCAACAUCGUGGUGAUGCUGGUGGGCAACAAGACGGACCUGGAGCCCGAGAGGUCGGUGCCGUCCGAGGAGGCCCGGGACUUCGCAGAGAAGAGGGGCCUGCUGUUCCUGGAGACGUCCGCCCUCCAGUCCACCAACGUGGAGGCAGCGUUCAACAACGUCAUGGCAGAGAUCCACAGGAAGGUGACCAACAAGGAAAUGAUGCGCAGCUCCGUCAGUCCUCUGACCCUGAACAGGCCGGGAACCGAGAACAGCCAGGAGGGACGACCCUGCUGCAGGAACAUCUGAGAACUGGACCUGCUGCAGGAACAUCUGAGAACUGGACCUGCUGCAGGAACGUCUGAGGACAGAACCGUCUGAGGACAGAACCUGCUGCUCCUCUUUCUCUCCUGCCGCCACAUAUAAAGUGAAAAUAUUUAAAUAAACGAUAAAACACAAUGAAGUCAAUUGAAAGUUCCAUGUUCUGUUCUAAUGUUGACUUUAAUACCCCUUUCCCACUGGUCAAAAAACCCAUGAAAACCCGUUAAUACCCGUUUAAACCCGCUAACACCCGGCUCCUCAUGGCAGUGGGAAAGUGUUUAAAUGGCAUUCCGAUCGACCCUGCAAGCGACCCGGGUUUUAAUCGGCUCAGCUUCAGUGUGAAAGGCAGACCCAGGUCGAUGCGGUAAUUUACGUGAUGACAUUGACGUAGCAUGGCUACGUUAGCGCGGCUACGUUAGCACGCUAGUUACUGUUCCUGGACACAGCGUGAGAUUUCCUUCAAGAUGACCCAGUGUUGGCAGGAUAGCGAGACCAGAGAGCUCCUCCUGACCUGUGGGGAAGAGGAGAUUCGUCCACAGGUAACGGGGACUGAGCUCCGCAGCAUUGUUUAGCUUGCUUUGCUCUGUCACAUUGAUGAUGUCAUCAACGUGGGACCUCAUCAGCGCAGGAAAAAUCAGCCACGCAGCUCCCCAGCAGGCGGUGAGACCCGGGUCUGCAGGCGGAGGGGAAGGAGUCAAAAGCCGAUUGUCAGCGGGUCGACCCGCUGGUGUCAGUGGGAAACGGGUUUUAGUCUGACACCAGUUUAAACUUCUGCUUCUAACUCUGCUGAAGAUGAAGCGUCUGAAACAUCCCGUCUCUCGCUUCAGAUUGUGAAACUCGUCCCAUUUCCUGUUUCAGGUUGUGAAACUCGUCCCGCCUCUCGGUUCUGUCAGAUUUCACAGUAAAGCUCGUCAUUGGUCGAUCGGUUCUGCUGAUGAUCUGUUUUGGAUUCAUUGAUCUUCUUUAGAAAAAUAAAUCAU